CAUAUUAAGGUUUCGUCCAAUGGCUGCUGCGUUUUACAAGUCAUUAGAUACUAAUUUUACUUGGCUUGGUUGCCACAAAGACUAGUAUAUAACUGCUAUGACCUUCCACAGCUAACUGCACCUUCCAAAUCUACAACUACAUACUCCUGUCUAAUUAGCAUUUGCAACCUGCAAGAUGUCUUUGUCCAUUUUCUUUCAAUUGGCAUUACUUUGUUGCCUCCUUUCCCUAUCAUCAGCCAAAACGGGCAGACCUAGCCAUCCUAAAGGCCUCAUUUUUCGCGUCUCAAAAGACCCUUCCACGCUCCAAUACACGACACAAAUCAAACAGAGAACUCCUCUGGUUCCUGUCAAACUAACCAUAGAUCUCGGAGGUCAAUUCCUCUGGACUGACUGCGAAAAAGGCUACACCACCUCCACAUACCGACCUGCCCGUUGCAACUCAUCCCCGUGCUCACUUGCAAAAUCAGGUAAUUGCAUGACCGAGUGUUACUCCCCUGCUAGGCCCGGUUGCACCAAUAAUACAUGCACUCUCUUUCCCGACAAUGUCAUCGCUCCCAUUGCCACAACAGGAACCCUGGGGUCCGAUGUCAUCUCAGUCCAGUCUGCACUCGAUGGGACACACGUCACAAUAUCAAAAUUCUUGUUUGUCUGCGGCUCCACCUCUCUGUUAGACAAACUCUCUACCGGUGUCACUGGCAUGGCAGGCCUCGGAAGGACUAACGUCUCAAUGCCUUCCCAAUUUUUCAACACAUUCAACUUAAAAAGAAAAUUCGGAGUGUGCUUGAGUCCAUCAAACGGGGCUAUAUUUUUCGGAGACUUUGAUUCUUCAACCGCGCCACUCACUUACACACCACUUCUCAUUAAUCCUAUAAGUACUGCAAGCAUAGUGACUGAAGGCGAAGUAUCAGCUGAUUACUUCAUCGGAGUUAAGUCCAUCAGGAUCAACCAAAAACCCAUCCCUAUCAACACUAAACUGUUAUCAAUCAAUGCCACUCAGGGCAGUGGCGGAACCAAACUCAGCACUGUCCAUCCAUACACAGUCUUGGAAACUUCAAUCUUCAAAGCAUUAGUAAAUGCAUUUGUAAAAGAACUGAACGUGCCUAAAGUUCGAUCCGUGGCACCAUUUGGUGCAUGUUUUAGCUCCAAGAGCAUUGGCUCUGUCUACACGGGUCCAGCCGUGCCGACGAUUGAUCUAGUGCUACAGAGCAAGGAUGUGUACUGGAGGAUCUACGGCUGGAACUCGAUGGUUGAGGUUAGCAAAGAUGUGAUGUGUCUGGGAUUUGUGGAUGGAGGGAAUCCGACAACUUCAAUCGUGAUCGGAGGGCAUCAAGUGGAGGAGAAUCUAUUGAAGAUUGAUGUUGAAUCUUCUAGAUUGGGAUUUAGCUCACUCGUGUACAGUAAGCAGAUCUGUGCUAACUACAACUUCGUGGCCAAGUCUUUUGGUUCUUUGACUCAAUUGCUUCUGCCAUUUCCCACAGCACUCUACGUUUUAGUGUGCUCAAUCUUCGCAUAUUUCAUUACUGAAAAUGGCAUUUUUCAUCCAUCACCAUAUUCGCUUUUGCUUAGUAAUUGUCUUCUUAUUCUUUUUGAAGUCAAAAGCUCAGAAUUAAUCACUACCCCACUUGUUACUAAUCCUCAAAGUACUGCCCCUUUAUACGCCGUAGGUGAACCAUCUAAAGAAUUCUUCAUAAACGUUAAGUCUAUUGUUAUUGAUGGCAAGCCCGUCGAGUUCAACUCUUCCCUGCUAUCCUUCGAUAAAGAAGAUGCAGGGGGUACUAAAAUCAGUUCCAUUACCCCUUUUACCUACUUGGAGACUUCCAUAUUCAAGGCUCUGGUAAAUGAUUUUAUGAAAGCUGCUGCACUCAGAGAGAUGAAAACAGUAGCUUCUGUGGCGCCAUUUGGAGCAUGUUUCAGUUCUCAAACUAUUGCAAAAGGCCAAACGGGACCUGUAGUCCCGCUUAUAGACCUUACGUUGCCAGACAACCAGCGGUGGAGGUUUUAUGGUGGCAAUUCAAUGGUGCCUCUAAAUAAGGAGGUGAUGUGCCUUGCCUUUGUGGAUGCAGGGUAUAAGCCAAACCCGAAAACAUCUAUUGCGAUAGGAGGGUAUCAAUUGGAGAAUUUUCUUAUUGAGUUUGAUAUCGACUCAUCAAAGCUGGGAAUUAGCACUUCACUCUUGCUUAUGAAUACAACCUGCUCCCAGUCUCGACUCUGAUAUUGAGCUUGGAAAAGAAAAAUUGUUGGGUCUUAGGGUAAUCUGGAACUGGCAAGUCGUAUGUUUUUCUUGUUUUGUUUGUCUAUGACAAUUGGCUUUUGUCUAACAAUUAACAUGAUUUGAGUUAAAAACAA